AGUGCAGGUUUACGCGCAGUGGCACCGGUCAGAGACACACGUUCACCUGAUUAGAGCGGUGGCGCCUUAAUUAACUUGUCAGUCAGCAUAGGCGGGGUUCAAACGUGCUGUUACUUUGACUGUCAUCUGUUUUGUCGUGUAAGGAAGUUGCACUCGGUCCUUUGAAUCUGCAGCCGCACAAUUCAGCAGCAGUUUCUCUGGAGGACAUUCCGAGGAUUCCUACGCCCUCGAGUCUACCUGUCCGACACACAGACACUCUGUGCGGGUACCUUUCGUUGUUAUCUAUGGGUGAGUGUCUGCGCACGACCUGUCCGUGUCUGGAAACACUAUGGCAGAGGGUUUUCAGCGACAAAACGUCUCCAUCUGGACAAGGAGGAGGGGAGAAAGACAGCUCCACUGACCGCAAGGGAGUUGAGAGCGCACGGAGCCCCGGCACACCGGUGCCGCCGCAGGAGGAAGGUCCCGAGAGCGGCUCCAUCUACACAGCGCUGUGGUCGUUUGAGGGUCGCCACAAGGAUGAGCUGUCUUUCCAGGAUGGGGAUCUUUUCAAUGUCAUCAGCCGCAGCGGGGACUGGUGGACCGCGCGGAAGAUUGACAUGAACGGACGCGUCCUGGACACCGGGAAAGUGCCAUACAACUACCUGUCCAGGGCCGAAACCCUGAGAUCACAACCGACCAAAGACCUGAUGAGGAAACGAGUAGCGUGUGCACACCACACACAAACAACUACAUUCAGCACUUGUACUCUGUCUGAGGAAUGCUGUUUCCAAGUGCUUUGCAACAGCUUAAAGAUUUGACAGACACUUUGUUCUCCUUAGGUCAAAACCUGCUUCUGUACCUGAUGUAGAUCCUACGUGUUCUGUGUGGUGACACAGGCAUGUUGUGGGAUCAGAACCCUGAUAAUGACUCGACAACAACAACAAAUACAGAGCAAUUAUUACUAGAGUGGAUUUUGCUUUUCAAAAAUCACAUCUAAUGAUUAAACUCAGAACAAAGCACAACCUCAGCUGAGCAAAAGCUCUCUUUGUAUGUUCACGUAUGUAAUUACAAGCAGUCUGCUGCUUCUGCUUCCAUUAAUCCACUUCCCAUUGUCUCUAGAGCAUGUGCCAUUCACAAAGCCAAAUCUUCAUAUCAAAAGAGAGAUCACAGUAGGCUAUGCAUCACGCAGACACUCCCCACUUGUAAAUAACACGGAGUGCGAAAUGUCACCGGCUCUUUUCAUAAUAUCGCUUGUGGUGAUGAAACCUGGAUGUUAACACAACUGUUUUCGCCACUUCGAGUUUUGUAUCUUUCUGUUUAUAGCAUACAAGGAAGUGUGUUCAGUCAGUGUGGUUAUUUCCAAAUGUUUGCAGGUGUGCCAAUUAUUUAAAGUUUACUUUAUAAUUAACCGUCACAGUUCAAAGUAUACAGCCAUAUCUUUAAAUGCUCUUUGUUUGAGCCACAGAUUAAAAGUUCACUCCAUCACCACCUAAUAAAAUCCCAAGAGCCUGGAGCUGUGGCUGUUAAUUUGAGCUGAAACAUUAAUCAACAUUUUAUCAUAAUUGCAAUAUGGCCUACUGCAAUUUUCA